AAAACAUCGUAGUCCCAUCCGUUUAUAUAUAGUCCAAGAAAAACUUCAUACUAUCUUACACACUUACAUCACAAAAUUCAAAAGCAAAAAGAAAAGAUUUAUCAAGAAGAAUCAUUUAUAUGGCGAGCUUGCUAGAUAAAGCCAAGGGCUUCGUGGCUGAUAAACUCACCACGAUCCCUAAACCGGAGGGUUCCGUUACUGACGUUGAUCUUAAAGACGUGAACCGCGAGUCCGUUGAGUACUUGGCCAAAGUUUCCGUCACCAAUCCUUACGAUCAUUCGAUUCCGAUAUGUGAGAUCAGUUUCACUUUCCACAGCGCUGGCCGGGAGAUCGCAAAGGGGAAGAUACCGGACCCGGGUUCUCUGAAAGCUAAGGACAUGACAGCUCUUGAUGUUCCGGUGGUGGUGCCGUAUAGUAUACUCUUCAACCUGGCUCGAGACGUUGGUGUGGACUGGGACAUUGACUACGAGCUUCAAAUAGGUCUCAUAAUUGACCUCCCUGUUGUGGGCGAGUUUACUAUCCCUAUUUCCAGCAAGGGCGAAAUCAAGCUUCCUACUUUCAAAGAUUUCUUCUGAUCUUUUUGAUCUACUUAACCUGUGAGACGAUGAUAUAUAAUGCAUGUAACGAAUGGGUUUGCCUAUAUAUAUAAUCAAUAAAUGUUAUAUUGUGAUCCUAUCAUGUGAUAAAAAAAAAUCAAUAAAUGUUUUAUGAUUUCAGUAA